GACGCGAAGAACUUCAACCUACCUACUUGCAAUAACCCGCUUAUCCCAACACCAAAACCUUGCGAGUAUACGAAAUCACACAAUGCUAAGUACACUUCUCUCUUUAGCUCUCGCAACUAUCACACACGCCUCCGACACACCAUGUGAUCGCACUUUCCUCAACGACAUGACCGCCGCCUAUCUCGCCGCCCAAACCCUCGGCGAGCCAUGGUUGAUCCCCUCGGUCGCCCCAGACCUGAACUAUACGGAGCAAUUCAAGCCGCUCUCCAUCAACGCCGGCAUCCUCAGUAGACCAUUGAAUAUCACGAGCCACCGCAGUUUCUACGACGACGUCCUAUGCACGGCCUUCACGCAAUACCUCGUCAUGGAUCCUGUGCAUCCGUAUGUCAUCGGCACCAGGUUCGAGGGCGACGGGCUGUACUUGACUAAGAUUGAAACACUGGUGACUGAUCAGGGAGACUGGGCUUUCAACGCGACGGGAUAUAAGUAUUGGGACGACCAAGAAGACUGGAGCGAGAUACCCCAAGAUCAGCGGGACAGCCGCAAAGUCAUCCAGGCAGCGGGUGACGCGUAUUUCAAUCGUUUUGCAAAUGCAAAUGCGACUGUGCCCUGGGGAACACCUUGUGCUAGACUGGAGGGUGGUGCGUACACGGGCGGACGGAAUCUUACAGGAAAUACAUGUGAUUUGGGGCUUCCGAGUACCAUCACAGUAGUCGACAGGAGAUAUGUAGUCGAUGAAGUGAAUGGCGUGGUGGUGAUAUACAUUGGGUUUCCGGGCCUGGACCGCGACGACCCUAAGCCGUCGCCUGAUAGUCAUGCUUUCAGGGUGGAGAAAGGGAAGAUUCGGUAUAUCCACACGCUUAGUACUUGUGAGGGCCAUCCCGGUUGUGGGUUCAACGGCACUGGCCCGCCGGCGUUGAGGAGGCAGUGA